AUGACCACAGACACCGAAUUCGAGCGACUCAUCCAGGAGAUGAAAAUAUGCACUCAGACGAUCGAUGAACUGCUGCUGCAGAAUCGUGAAAUACUUAUGAGAAAAGAAAAUGAUUAUCGACUACGACAGCGGCAACGGCAACAGCAGGAGCGCCACGAGCUUUCGCCUGCCGACGUCCAGCGACAGGCGCAGCUGGACCAGUUUCAUCGAUAUCAGCUGAAGUGGCAACGGGAACGACAAGAAUGGGAGCAACAACAGCAGAAGAUGCGAGAAGCACUGGAGCCAGAUCUAAAGGUCUGGAAGGAACUGGCUGACCGCAUUCGCACCAUUGAAGGCGAUGUUUAG